CGCUGAGGCGCCUGCCCGUGAACACCAGGCGUGUGACGCAAUCGCUUGCGUCCUCCGUUGUUGUUUGUUUUUGUUUUUUUGGAAGCGUUUGACAUUACGGAAGCGAUGUGAAGGACUUCAUGCUGGUGUUUAGUCAGAAGUGAUCGUAGGGGUCGGCAGAGUUUUCAGAUGCUCUUACAGUCAUGAAAUAUGAUCUGGAUUUCAAAUUACACAGAAGAAUGAAUUUUGCAGAAUGGUAUGCUAUUUUUUGUCUAUGUAGCAGCAUUAAUUUUCUUGGGUGUAAUUUGUGAAAGAUAUAUUAAAGAAUGAGGCGUCUCUAGCCACAUGGAGCUUGGAGUCUAAAGAGUGGUGCAAAAUCCACUGUUUUACUCUGGGUGGCGCCCCGGCUUCAGUUUUUGAAGAUGGCUUGCCCUUUUUCACGUUCCAUCACUGACUAAUGUCAGCAUGAGAUGCUUCGAGAUUUCCUGUUUUCUUAUUAGUGGAAUGUCUUUACCAGAAUACAGAAAGCACAGAUGCUGCUGUGCCUGUCAGAUGGACAACUCAUUAAUUCAAUUCCAAUUCAGGGAAGAUGUGUUUUUCUAAUGUAAAUGGAAGAGAAACACAGAUAAGGGAUGAUAGUCACAUUAGCCACCCAGUAAGUUUGCAGGGAGCACCCCGUAAUGUUUGGAAUGUUUUCAAAAGGGACUGACUUGUCAAUGGUGAGUUGCAAAUUUUCAUGCCAUCAUAUAAAGAACAUGAUGUAAGUGUGAGCGUUUCUUGACGUGGCCCGGUCAGUGCUCUUAUUGGCCCUCCUACGUGCUUCUGAGAAAGACUCCUGCUGCCUGCAUUGAUGAAUGGGAAAUGGAAGGAUCACCUAAAUCAAUUUAAAUAAGCAAAGCAAAACUAAUCAGUUCAUUGAUAAAGGAACAACUCCAAAAAAGAGUAAAUGGUCUGGCAAAAAUGUCACCAGAUGGCUAUCUCAGUCAUACAGGUGUUCUGAACCGGUCCUGUUUUGUAGUUUUUUUUAGCUUUUACGUUUUGCUUGUUAACUUGGAUCCUAGUUCCUAAUUUUUUAUUUUGACAGACACUCACUUUGUGACAAUGAAGGUGAAGGUCAUCUCCAUCCUGGAGGACAAUUAUAUGUACUUGGUGAUUGAAGAGAAUGGCAAGAAGGCCAUCGCAGUGGACCCUGCUGUUCCUCAUCGACUUCUUGAUAUUGUGAAACGAGAGGGUGUGACACUUGACGCUGUACUGACCACGCAUCAUCACUGGGAUCAUGCUAGGGGUAAUGAAAACUUGGCCAAAGAGGUUCCAGGGGUACAGGUAUAUGGUGCAGAUGACAGGAUUGGUGCGUUAACUCACAAAGUUGUCCACAACCAGGAGCUAAAGUUUGGUACUCUGAAUGUUCGGUGUCUGUUCACUCCGUGCCACACAUCUGGACACAUGUGCUACUUUGUUUGGGAGGAUGGCUGCACAGAUGCUCCAGCAGUUUUUACAGGAGAUACCCUAUUUGUGGCUGGAUGUGGUAGGUUUUUUGAGGGCACAGCCCAGCAAAUGUAUAAAAAUCUCACUGAGGUCUUGAGCACCCUGCCGCUUGAAACGAAAGUAUUUUGUGGACAUGAGUACACUGUGAAAAACCUCAAGUUUGCUUUGAAAGUGGAGCCUGACAAUGCGAAGGUAAAGGAGAUGCUGGCUUGGGCUAAGGCCCGGGAUGAUGAUGACAAGCCCACUGUGCCAUCCUCACUAGAGGAUGAGUUUCAGUAUAAUCCCUUCCUUCGACUCUCGGAAGAAGCUGUGCAGAAGUUCACUGGAAAGACUGACCCAGUCGAAGUGCUCAGCAUUCUACGGGCUGAGAAAGACAAAUUUAAAAAGCCUAAGGAAAGGUUGCCAACACCAGCAAUGCUUGCAUUCCAGUGGGCUCUGUCCAUGUCAAAAUCUGAAACCCUUCAAGGGCCAACUGACAGAAAUAUGACUAAAAAAUGAGCUGAUGCACAGACUCAACCUCAAAGGCUGUUGGAAGCCCAUGUUCUUGUAUUUCUGUGCUUUCCUGUAGCAGCUGGCCUGCUAAACUUUCAGCUCUUUAAUUCAAUUCUGAUGAACAUCAGCAGUGACCUUCUGCUGCCCUGCAUGACUGUGCACAUGCAUGCAAAUACCAAAAGCUGUGAUGUGCAGAAAUGCACACAAAGGGAUUCCAGGUAAUUCUGCACUUAACUCAAUAGUUCCAUCUGCCUUUUACACACGUACGCAAAAAGCCAUAAACCUAAAGUACUGAUUUUUUCCCCCCAUCUUCCACUAAUUGAAUCUAUUUCCUAGGCUCCACUAAACAUGCACAAUUAGGCAGAAACGUCCGAAUGCUGCACACACAAUUCCAACAGUUAAAGGUAGCUUGUGUGCAAAGACCUGGAAACAAGACUUGUAAACACUGAAUUGCCAGUGCAAGUGCCCAAUAAUGUUAGA